GCCGCUGCGCGCAGGGCUGAGGCGCCCGCCGGGCCCGGUGUCAUUGCCGCGGGGACGAUGUCUCAGUGCGGCCGCUCCGCCGCCCGCCUGCUGGGCCGCUUCCUCCGCCUGCAGCAGAAUGGAGCACGACACUGCUCUUAUGCAGCAUCACGGAAAAAUCUGUAUAUUAACAAAAAUACAAAGGUUAUCUGCCAGGGUUUUACAGGCAAACAGGGCACCUUUCACAGCCAGCAGGCAUUGGACUAUGGCACCAAUUUAGUUGGAGGAAUUUCUCCAGGAAAAGGGGGGAAAACUCAUCUGGGUCUGCCUGUGUUCAACUCUGUGAAGGAGGCCAAAGAACAAACUGGUGCUUCUGCCACUGUUAUAUACGUACCUCCUCCCUUUGCUGCUGCUGCAAUCAAUGAAGCAAUUGAUGCAGAAAUGCCCUUAGUUGUCUGCAUCACUGAAGGUAUUCCCCAGCAGGAUAUGGUUCGGGUUAAGCACAGGCUGCUUCGGCAGGAUAAGACUCGACUAGUGGGCCCAAACUGCCCUGGAGUCAUCAAUCCUGGAGAAUGUAAAAUUGGUAUCAUGCCUGGUCACAUUCACAAGAAGGGAAGAAUUGGUAUUGUGUCAAGAUCUGGAACCCUGACAUAUGAAGCUGUUCAUCAGACAACACAAGUUGGAUUGGGGCAGUCUUUCUGUGUUGGGAUUGGAGGUGAUCCCUUCAAUGGAACUAAUUUUAUUGACUGCCUUGAUGUCUUCCUGAAGGAUCCUCAUACUGAGGGGAUCAUAUUGAUUGGGGAAAUUGGAGGAAAUGCUGAAGAAGAUGCAGCAGCAUUCUUGAAAGAAAAUAAUAGUGGUCCAAAUGCCAAGCCAGUCGUGUCAUUCAUUGCUGGUCUGACUGCACCUCCAGGCAGGCGGAUGGGUCAUGCUGGAGCCAUCAUUGCUGGGGGAAAGGGUGGAGCUAAAGAGAAGAUAGCAGCUCUUCAGAGUGCUGGGGUUGUGGUCAGCAUGUCUCCUGCUCAGCUGGGUAGCACCAUCUACAAGGAGUUUGAGAAAAGGAAAUUGCUAUAAGAGAAGUCACUCUGGAAUACUGUCUCCAAAACAUCAGUGCAGCACCUGGCCUCUGCUUAUCUUUUGUCUGCUAAUCUUCAGUUGCCCAAAUGACUGACUUUGGUCUUUGAAUUUGACUUGGAAGCCAUAAACCUCCUGGUUAAACGUGUUUUGAAGUCUCCUUGGUUCAGACAUGAUCACCACAUUGUAAAUCACAGCAAAUUAAUACAUCUACUACUAAAUUUGAUUCAUCUUUUGAAUUCCUGAAGCAGAGCUGUUUUCUUCAGCCUACAUAAACAAAACAAUCAGCCUUGAAGGUCUGAAUCUUUUGUAACUUAAGCACUGCCCAUUUUAAGGUAAAGUUGCUUACUGAGAUGCUUUUAAGGAUCAAGACACUGACUUUAUGCAUGUAUCACUCUUCAAUUUAUUUUUAAAAACAUCCAGUCUUACUUGUUUGUUGCUGGCAUGUAUGUUUGUUGGAACAACAGGCCAAAGUUUCCGUCCAUUAAACCAAAGCUGCUGGAUCUGAAGGGGUUGCUUAUUGAUCCACGUAGCUGGAUAUGCCUCAAGUCCAGACUUUCUUUUCAAGGCUGAUGAGCCAUGCACAGUGUAGUCCUCUACAGGCAAGGAAUUCUGUUGUACGGAGAGGUAGAAUUGUUGUUCACAAAAAUGAAUCUAAUUUCCCAUGCAAAUAUAUAUAUUCAAAUUGUCUGUAACUAUAAAAAUGAUUUGGUCUUUAGCUUAAAUUACCUUAAUUUUCUCUUUAUCUUAAAUAGGAUUGCAUUGCUUGUGUGUUCUGAGAUCCUUGUAACAUCAGGACAUAAUGGAGAAGAAUUAUUGUUCUCUGGAAAAGAAUGUAAGAAGUUACCUUUCUUGUUAACCACUCCCAGCACUGUAAUGGAAAGCCCUUUUUGUACUUUGGAAAUAGCACUGUGCCUAUACAUGAGUGUUACAAGUUCUAUCAGGAUGGACUAAACCCAAGAUUGCUUUCUUUAUGUAGAAGACUGAAAAUUUAUGUAACCUUGUCACUUGUCUAAAGCUAACCUUGUGUUCCAUAAAGGUGCUGUUACAAAAA